AUGGCCCUGGAUAGCGCCAUUGCCCUGUUGAUACUCUCUUCGAAUAUCACAAGAAUCCAUAAAGAGCAACUGCCCCAGCCUAAGAUGGUCAAUAAUAGCUUUGUCAUUGAGAUUGUGAGCAGCAUUCAUGAACUCUAUCACUUCAAGAAUUUCGUUUUCUAUAUAUCGGAACGUCUGGCCAAAGACACAGAGAUUUCCAAUGAUUUCUUUCAUGACUUUUGGGAAACUUUUCCCACUGUGCCAUCGAUUUUGAUGAUCAACAACAACCAGAGUAUGGAUGGCUUUCUGAGUACGCCUUCGUUGUGUUUGGUACUGACCACAGGAUUUGAUGAUCCCAUUAUGAAGUUGGCCUCGGUGGGCAUGAGAGGGGUACGUUUCCUCAAGACCAUAUUUAUAUAUUUUCCCAUUCUCUCAUCGAAGGAAUAUUACCACAGCCUGAAGGACUACAAACGCUUAUAUGAGGGCAUUCGACGCUUAUAUGCCUGGAUAUGGCGCAAGCAGUUCAUCAAUUGCCUGCUGAUGACAGUGGACAAUAAUAUCUUCAUACACGAACCCUAUCCCACUCUCCAAAUAAUCAAUGUGACCUCGCAGUGGAACAGUUCUACUUUCUUCAUGGAUUACAGCACCGAUUUUAAAGGCUAUGUCAUUGACUCGCCCGUACGCUAUGAUUUGCCGCGAGUCUUUUUUAUGACCGGCCCACGCUAUGGCUUGGGCAAGAAGAAGCCCCAUGUAAGUGGUGUAUCGGGAAAAUUAUUCAUGAUAUUCGUAGACUACAUCAAAGCCAACUACAACGAAAGUAAAUUUGAUGGCUAUGAAUAUGAGGCGUUAGAUUUGGCAGAAAUUAUAAAUAAGAUAGACCAGAAAGAGCUGGAGAUCAGCAUGAAUUCGUAUACGGGAAUCCUGGGCUCGAACAUUGGCAGCAGCUAUCCCAUAGGCAUCAAUGACUGGUGCAUAAUGGUGCCCUACCGCAACGAAACACCCGCUCACAUGUAUCUGCAAAAGAGUUUUCGCCCCUACACCUGGUACCUGAUGUGCUUCAGCGUUUUCUACAUAGCGUUGGGCCUUUGGCUAAGCACUCCGCCGCCCAGACGUGAUAUCAGUUUGUCCCUUUUACAGGCCAUAUGCUCAAUGGUGCUGAUCUCUCCUCUGAGGAUCUUUAAAGUGCCAAGCACCCGCAUUCGUUUCCUGUUUGUACUGCUCUUCAUCAUGGGUUUCUUCAUCACCAACUUGUAUCUGACCAAAAUGGCCAGUUUUUUGACGGCCUCGCCGGAGGUACCACAAAUCAAUACAGUGCAGGAUGUCAUCGAUGCCAAAUUGCCCAUCAUGAUAGCGAACUAUGAAUAUGACAUCAUGAUGUCGAACAAUUUUCCUGCGGAAUUCAUGGCUCUAAUGGUGCCAGUGAGCAAAGGUGAAAUGGACAAACAUCGCGAUAAAUUCAACAACUCCUUUGGCUAUAGCAUUCAGUCGGAUCGUUGGGAUUUUCUCAGUAUUCAGCAACGCUUUAUGAAAAAGCCCAUGUUUCGCCUUUCCGAGAUAUGUAUGGGACCCUUCUAUCACGUCUUUCCCAUACAAAAAGAUUCGCAUUUAGCCAAACCCUUGCAGGAAUUCAUAAUGUCUGCAUUUCAAUUUGGCUUGGUGUCCUAUUGGAACACUGAGGCUUUUGCUGAUGCCCUCUACCUGGACUAUGUCACCAUCAUUGUGGAAGAGGACAACUUUGUACCUCUGAGUCUAACAUUUUUCCGUUCAAUUUGGAUUGUUUGGUGGUUUGGUUUGCUAUUCUCUGGUCUGGCCUUCUGUUUGGAGAUUAAAUGGCAUCUUUUACAGAGGAAAAGAAAUAAUUUGGAGAAUUUAUACCGACACUCGAGAACGUUUAAAUGGUUGAAAAUUAAAAAUUAA